AUUAUAUUCAACACAGUGUAUUAUAUUAGAAAACAAUAUUUUGACAUAGGAACCUUAUUUUGCGGGUGGUGUUACCCUGGGGACAACUUUCAGUGCGUACCUAAAAAAAAAUCGAAAUAGCUAUCCAGCUUGCUUGGUACACACAAUCUCAACGGACAACAAUACAUUUUUGCGAUAAGGAUACAUUUAUUGAAAUACAACAGUCUUUUGCGUCAAGUUUCAACAGUUUGACAAAUUACGUAAAGUUUAAAAUCUACAAUGGCGUCGCCCAUGGAAAUGACAGAGUUAUAUGACAACGCUUUGCUUGGAAUCUUGCAGCAUGUUGGAAACAUCCAGAAUUUCCUUCAGGUCUACUUCGGCUUCCUGUACCGCAAGACAGACUUUUACCGUUUGCUGUCAACCCCCAACGACCGUAUGGGCUUCCCUCCAGGGGUGGCAGAGAAAAUGGUCCUAAAGGUAGUUAAUGUACCUUACUACUGUAGCUAGCUAGUUAAACCUUUGACAACUUCUGUGUUAGCCGUUCAGGCUAGCCAAUUUGCACCCUAGAUCGCUGCUCACCAUAUACGUCGUUUUUAAAGCUACACUCAGUAGGAUGACAUCAUCAUAAACAACGGGUCGACUUACAUACAACACCAACAGAUGGUGCUUUCAAGACAACAGGGAACUCGGGGGGAAAAACGAGGUAAAAUCAUGACGUCAGUGAUCUUCAGGUCUGAACUUUAGAAAGAUGCCCGAUUUUCCGACUUUGAAUUCCGAGUUAGAUGAUCGUUCAAAACGAUUUUUCCCAGUCUGAGCUCGUUUUUUCCCGAGUUCCCAAGUGGUCUUGAACAGGGGCCUGCUCCAGACAUAAUCAACGGCGCUUAUAGUAGAAUACAUAAGGUGCAAGUUCGAAAUGUGUUUGUGCAUCGGCAAUUUCUCUCGUGUUAUGUCAGUCACUGACAGUCACUCAAUUAGCCAUGUUAGCUAAAUAUUUUUAGAUUGGUAAAUUAGUCUUGCCAGCUCUCUAAACUUCUAGUAAUCAUGGCCAAAUACCGACCGGUCACGCAGGGCACAUGCCCAGGGCCUUGACCUCCAGGGGGCCCACCAUUUGAUUUUAUUAGUCACUCUCACUCAGAUAUCAUUAACAUGGCAUAAGUCAUGGCAAAAUGUGUAGAAUUGCAGGAAAUUAGCUAGGGGGGUGGGCCCUGGAGGUCAGGUGCCCUGCGUGACUGGACAGUAUUCGGCCAUGAUUGCUACAGUUGUUUUGAACGCGGCAAAUGUUGCCAACAAUCGGAUGUAUCCGGUUUUCAGGGAUACAGCACAGAGCUAAUUCUACCUAGCUUCCGUUUUCGCUGAAAACUGGAUGUGGGAACUCCGCUCAGGCGUUUUCUUUUACGCCUGCUACGAUAGGUUAACAGUGACCUAACCUGUCAAGACUACCAUUAUUGGCACUUCACCUUGUGUCUAAACUCAUAUGGGAAGAGAUGUCAGUCUUGGCUGAUUUGGUUAUAAGUUGAUACCUUCCCCUUGUCUAUGAUGAUACCAUCUUGCAGACUACCUUUUAAGGUACACAAAAAUGAUUAGGGGGUUGAUUAUGGACUUGGCACGUCUGUUAUUCUCCACAGUCCUUCCGUCUGUUUGAGCGUGUGGCAGAGCAGGACAGAGAGAGGCAGCAGAGGGAGAUGCAGCAGAGACAGGAGGCCAGGGUGGCGCCCCCCGCGCUGCAGGAGCUGGAGUUGCAGGCCACUGAGCAGCCGGAGGAGCCGAGGGGGGAGAGGACAGAGCCUGCUGCCCAGAGAGAGAGCUCUGCCUCAGCCUCUGGAGAGCCCAGUGCACUCUCUAGCCAAGCCUCUUCCAGCCAAGCCUCAGCCUCUAUUCCACAGCCCCAUUGCAGCAGUAUGGCCCAGCAGUCAUCACAUGGAGACCAGGCAGCAGCCAGUUCAGCAUCUACAGAGUUAGUAUUGUACUGCCUCUCUUGGCUAUGCCAAUAUGACUGGUUCUUUCUAUAAGCUUUUUCAAUGCUUUAGAAAAGUGUCCACGAAGUUACAUAAAACAGGUCCACAACUGUUAAAACCUGUUAUAGAUGGGACAUUUACAUAUUUGCUGAAAUGCCCUACAAAUACAUGUUGGCAGUUUUGAAUUUGGUAGAAUCUCCUUAGUGGCAUGGAAUUGACCCCAACCCUAAUUCUAAAACCCACCCUAAUACCAACCCUUUUAUUAAGUGCUUCUUCCACUGUGUGUGUGUGUGUAUCAGUGGUCAGGUGAUGCAACAGGCCAAUCCAGAUAGUUACAAUGGGGCGGUGAGGGACACCUACAGUUGGUCUCAGGACUACACCGACGUCGAGGUCCGCGUCAACGUUCCCAAGACCGUCGUCAAGGGCAGACAGGUUAACACGGCCACCACAGGGCUCUUCUUUCUACGUAUUUCAACCUUUUCAAAAAACAAAUCGUUAAUGUUUAUAAAUUAUUAUAAUGUGAUGAGUUUCCUAUGUCCAGUUGAUGAGAUUCUCAAGUUAAAAAUUUCUCCUGGGGUUGUAACAUGUAAUGUAUGUGAAGUAUUUAUGCGAUAACUUCUCUUUGUGUGUGUCCCUGCCCAGGUGUGUGUGAACAUGCAGCCGGGCAGUGUGCGUGUGUGUUUGAAGGAGGGGGCUGGAGAGACGGUCCUGAUGGAAGGAGAGUUCACGCAUAAGAUCAACACUGAGAACUCACUAUGGAGCCUGGAGCCUGGACGUUGUGUGGUGGUGAGUGACACACACACACACACACACACACAACUACAAAUAUAUAUAGACACACUCACUCACUGACCCACCCUUCCUCCCUCCCCCUGAAGUUGUCUCUCAGUAAGAGUGGGGAGGUCUGGUGGAGUGCUGUGUUGAAGGGAGAGAAGGAGAUUGAUGUGAACCAGAUCAACAGGGAGCGCUCCAUGGCCACGGUGGACGAGGAGGAGCACGCCGUGCUGGACAGACUCACCUUCGACUACCACCAGAAACUACAGGGCAAGCCCCAGAGCCAUGAGAUGGUGAGAGCACACACACACACAGGCAGACGCACGUAAGCACACAUACACUACCAUCAGAAACUAACCUAAGCCUCAUGAUGUUGAGAAGGGUUGGACAUAAUUUGGAAAGGCACACACCUGUCUAUAUAAGGUCCCACAGUUGACAGUGCAUGUCAGAACAAAAAUCAAGCCAUGAGGUCGAAGGAAAUGUCCGUAGAGCUCCGAGACAGGAUUGUGUCGAGGCACAAAUCUGGGGAAGGGUACCAAAAAAUGUCUGCAGCAUUGAAGGUCCCCAAGAACACAGUGGCCUCCAUCAUUCUUAAAUGGAAGAAGUUUGGAACCACCAAGACUCUACCUGGAGCUGGCUGCCCGGCCAAACUGAGCAAUCGGGGGAGAAGGGCCUUGAUCAGGGAGGUGACCAAGAACCCGAUGGUCACUCUGACAGAGCUCUAGAGUUCAUCUGUGGAGAUGGGAGAACCUUCCAGAAGGACAACCAUCUCUGCAGCACUCCACCAUUCAGGCCUUUAUGGUAGUGGCCAGACAGAAGCCAAUCCUCAGUAAAAGGCACAUGACAGCCCGCUUGGCGUUUGCCAAAAGGCACCUAAAGCACUCUCAGACCAUGAGAAACAAGAUUCUCUGGUCUGAUGAAACCAAGAUUGAACUCUUUGGCCUGAAUGCCAAGCGACACGUCUGGAGGAAACCUGGCACCAUCCCUACAGUGAAGCAUGGUGAUGGCAGCAUGCUGUGGGGAUGUUUUUCAGCGGCAGGGACUCUCAGACCAUGAGAAACAAGAUUCUCAGGACCUCAGACUGGGGCGAAGGUUCACCUAUGUUUCCCAUGCCAAUGAAGCCCUUGAAUUGAGAAAGAGAGAGAGAGAGCGAGUGCGCGAGUGCAUCUCACCACAGAUGGUCAGGAACAAAGAGAAAGGACAAUGAAUCUGAGACCAUUUUAUAACAUCUGAGUUGUUUGGAUUCAACAUCUAAGUUGUUGACCAAUGGUAUUACUGUAAAGUUAACCUCCAAUCAGAUAUCAGACCUACAUGUAAAGACAACUGCACUUUCUCAUAGCCGCAAGAUGUAGGGGUGCUGCAAUUUUCAGGUCUCUCCAGAGAUGUUCGAUCGGGUUCACCUUCCAACAGGUUCACCUUCCAACAGGACAACGACCCUAAGCACACAGCCAAGACAACGCAGGAGUGGCUUCGGGACAAGUCUCUGAAUGUCCUUAAGUGGCCCAGCCAGAUCCCGGACUUGAACCCGAUCGAACAUCUCUGGAAAGACCUGAAAAUAGCUGUGCAGCGACGCUCCCCAUCCAACCUGACAGAGCUUGAGAGGAUCUGUAGAGAAGAAUGGGAGUAAGAAUGGGAGUUACUCCCCAAGUACAUGUGUGCCAAGCUUGUAGCGUCAUACCCAAGAAGACUCGAGGCUGUAAUCGCUGCCAAAGGUGCUUCAACAAAGUACUGAGUAAAGGGUCUGAAUACUUAUGUAAAUGUAUUAUUUCACUUUUUUAUAAAAAACAGUUUUUGCUUUGUCAUUAUUGGGUAUUGUGUGUAGAUUGUUGAGGGGAUAAAACAAUUUAAUCAAUUUUAGAAUAAAGCUGUAACAUAACAAAAUGUCAAAAAAGGGGGCUGAAUACUUUCCGAAUGCACUGUAUGUAAAUAUGUACAGUUGAAGUCUCAGUUUUUCACAAUUCCUGACAUUUAAUCCUAGUAAAAAUUCCCUGUCUUAGGUCAGUUCGGAUCACCACUUUAUUUUAAGAAUGUGAAAUGUCAGAAUAAUAGUAGAGAGUGAUUUAUUUCAGCUUUUAUUUCUUUCAUCACAUUCCCAGUGGGUCAGAAGUUUACAUACACUCAAUUAGUAUUUGGUAGCAUUGCCUUUAAAUUAUUUAACUUUGGUCAAACGUUUCGGGUAGCCUUCCACAAGCUUCCCACAAUAAGUUGGGUGAAUUUUGGCCCAUUUCCUCCUGACAGAGCUGGUGUAACUGAGUCAGGUUUGUAGGCCUCCUUGCUCGAACAUGCUUUUUCAGUUCUGCCCACACAGUUUCUAUAGGUUUGAGGUCAGGGCUUUGUGAUGGCCACUCCAAUACCUUGACUUUGUUGUCCUUAAGCCAUUUUGCCACAACUUUGGAAGUUUGCUUGGGGUCAUUGUCCAUUUGGAAGACCCAUUUGCGACCAAGCUUUAACUUCCUGACUGAUGUCUUGAGAUGUUGCUUCAAUAUAUCCACAUAAUUUCCUUCCUCAUGAUGCCAUCUAUUUUGUGAAGUGCACGUCUCUCCUGCAGCAAAGCACCCCCACAGCAUGAUGCUGCCACCCCGUGUUUCACGGUUGGGAUGGUGUUCUUCGGCUUGCAAGUCCCCCCUUUUUCCUCCAAACAUAACGAUGGUCAUUAUGGCCAAACAGUUCUAUUUUUGUUUCAUCAGACCAGAGGACAUCUCUCCAAAAAGGACGAUCUUUGUCCCCAUGUAAUAAUAAUAAUAAUAAUAAUAUAUAAUAAUAAUAAUGUGCAGUUGCAAACCGUAGUCUGGCUUUUUUAUGGCGGUUUUGGAGCAGUGGCUUCUUCGUUGCUGAGCGGCCUUUCAGGUUAUGUCAAUAUAAGACUUGUUUUACUGUGGAUAUAGAUACUUUUGUACCUGUUUCCUCCAGCAUCUUCACAAGGUCCUUUGCUGUUGUUCUAGGAUUGAUUUGCACUUUUCGCACAGAACGCGUCUCCUUCCUGAGCAGUAUGACGGCUGCGUGGUCCCAUGGUGUUUAUACUUACGUACUAUUGUUUGUCCAGAUGAAUGUGGUACCUUCAGGCGUUUGGAAAUUGCUCCCAAGGAUGAACCAGACUUGUGGAGGUUUACAAUAUUUAUUCUGAGGUCUUGGCUGAUUUCUUUUGAUUUUCCCAUGAUGUCAAGCAAAGAGGCACUGAGUUUGAAGGUAGGCCUGAAAUACAUCCACAGGUACACCUCCAAUUGACUCAAAAUGAUGUCAGAAGCUUCUAAAGCCAUGACAUCAUUUUCUGGAAUUUUCCAAGCUGUUUAAAGGCACAGUCAACUUAGUGUAUGUAAACUUCUGACCCACUGGAAUUGUGAUACAGUGAAUUAUAAGUGAAAUAAUCUGUCUGUAAACAAUUGUUGGAAAGAUGUCCUAACCGACUUGCCAAAACUAUAGUUUGUUAACAAGAAAUUUGUGGAGUGGUUGAAAAACAAGUUUUAAUGACUCCAACCUAAGUGUAUGUAAACUUCCGACUUCAACUGUAUGUGGGCAUUCCAUUCUCUCUCUCUCUCCUCUCUCUCCUCUCUUCUCUCUCGCUCUCUCUGUGUAGAAGGUGCAUGACAUGCUGAAGAAGGGCUGGGAUGCUGAGGGCUCUCCCUUUAAAGGACAACAGUUUGAUCCCUCCAUGUUCGACAUCCCCUCCAGCGCCGUACAGAUGUGAACACGCACACAAUGUUGGGGAUUGGGGUUGACAGACUGAGGAGAGUUGGCAGAUUUUUCAGUGGAAACUGCCUGGUAUUUUAAGAUGAUUUUUCUUUAUUUUUUUGAGUGAUCUUUGAAUAGGAGGGAGAUAAGCUUUGUUACUGUGUUCUGACUGAUGUGACAUCCCUGGGUUGUGUUCAUUAGGUACCAAACAGAAGAAAAAGACUGAACUGUGAGGAACUUCCUGCACUCCCUGAACGCUCAUUUACGCUUUCCGUUGCAAAACGUUUAAAAAAAACUUUCAAUUUCGUGCCCUAAUGAACACGACCCUGAACGUACCUGUUUAUGUGUCUGUCUGCCCACUGAACACACCUGGACCUGGGAGAUAGCUGUACAGACACAGAUCUAGGAUCAGUUGACCCUCCCCAUAUCCUAAGCUUCACCAUUGAGGUGGAGGAUGCAAAACGGACCCUAGAUCAGUUUCUAGGGGCAACUUCCAAGUCCAGAUGUCUCGGUGGUGUUUUACAUGUAGAGGACUUAUAUUGGUUGGCUAAAUACCUCCCUGCCAUUUUCAUUUUACUGAGGUGUGUCAGUACUGUGUGCCUGAAAUAAAUGAAAUAAAAUAAAAUCCUG